CCCUAGUCGAACGCGAAAUAUGGCGGAAUAGUUGCUAGGUUUAAUGUUGAUAAUCAAAUGUUUUCAUUUGCCAAAUAUCAUAAACAUUGCUCAUUGCUCGGUACAUUUUCGUGUAUGGUGCAUUAAGAGCAUUGCCAGUUCCGUUUAAGAAAGUAAAAUGUCACUUACGAGAAGUCAUGUCCUCUAAUUCUCGUGAGCGUCAUCAGCGUAUGCGAGCGGUAGACUUGUAAUUCAUGCUGGAGAGCGGCUUUUAUUAUUGAAAGUAGGAAAUGAAUGGUUUUACAAACUAUUGAGAACUUACAUAAAGUGAAUUGUAUCCCUAAAGCAAAAGCCAAAUAUCGCAGUGAAGUCGACAAUUUCCUGUGUUGACGAACUUGGCAGGAGCAAAAAAUAGUGUUUAAUUGUCAUUAAAUAUCUGCUGCUGCGAGUUCUGGUUUUGUUAAUGUAGUGUUUAUUGCAACGUGUGACAGUAAUACAAUGUGUCCUAUCAGUGGAAGUGUUAUGUUGUAGACACUUGGAGAAUCUUCCUAGAAAAAAUCUAGUCUGCAUCAUUGUCAUUACAGAAAUGCAAUUUUGUGAGAUUGUUCUUACCUGUGUUGUUAUAAUAGAGUAAUUAACGAUGGCAACCUUUAAUGAAGCACAAUUUGAAAAGAAACUACAUACACUAAAGGAUUCACAAGAUUCUAUACAAACAUUGUCAAAUUGGUGUCUUCAGCAUCGAACUUUUCAUAAGAAAAUUGUUAGUACAUGGUUACGAGUUCUAAAGAAAGUGAAAACUGAACAUCGUCUAACCCUCUUUUAUUUGGCCAAUGACGUUAUUCAGUACAGUAAGAGAAAGAAUUAUGAAUUUGUGGAAAGUUGGGGUACUGCGCUCCAAAGAGCCACAACAAUGGUGAGGGAAGAAAAAGUCAAACACCGAGUUCUUCGAAUAUUUAAGAUUUGGGAUGAGCGUGGGAUUUAUGAUGAAGCAUUUAUUUCGGACUUAUGUGGUCUUCUUAGCACCACAACCAAGAAAAAUGUUCCUGAAAAUAAUGCUGAUCCAGUGGAUUUUCAGCCUUCUUCACUCAUUAAUAAAAUACGCAGCUGUAGAAAAAUGGAAGAUGAUACAGAUGUUAAGUUCAAGAGGGUCAAGGAUAGCCACUUAUCUCUCAGUGAUGCUGAUGCACUUCGCAGUCAUCUGAAAGAUCGAAGACAAGGUGAUGAUGUUGUUGCUGAAGUCGAUGAAGGUGUAAGUAAACUCCAAGGGUAUGUAAAUGCCUUGGAAUGUGAGAUUAAGGAACGGACAGAAUUGGUUGAACUUUUGGAACAAGGUCAAGCAUUUUAUGACAAUCAGAAAGGAGAAGCGAAAGUAGUGGCAAAUGCCUACAGAAAUUUUGGAACAAGAGUGAAGAAUUUGAAACGACGGCUUGAUGAAAUGAUGCCCAACUUGAAAGAUGUUAGUCCCAUCCCAUCACCACCCAACAUUGAAGAUGUGCCAUCCCCAUCCCCUGACUCAGAUGUUGAUAUUCCUGGAUUAAAUCCUCCGAAUCCUGAUUACAUGAACGCAUAUGUACCACCCCCAUCGCAGCCAAUUAGGACUGUAAUGGAGGAUAGCCAAGACAAACCAUCUGAAGGUUUUGCCAGCUUUAUGGGGAAUGCUCUUCCAUUUGAUGUUCAGAAGAAUCUAUUCAGUGAGAGCAGUGGAGGUAUUGUAUCCCCUUCUCCAGAACCUGUUCAGGAAGACCCUGGUGGGUCAUCAGGUGUUGAUGACGUAGCUGCUGCAGAGGGAAAGCCAAUUGAAGUCAUCAGCUCAAGAACGAAACCUGAGGAAUCGUUUAGUAUUACUGACUUCUUAAAAUCCUUGAUUCCUCCAAGAACUGAGACUAUUCCUGGUCUCACUCUGGAUACUCCAGAUCAUCCAGCGAGUCCAGGGCUUGCAAAGCCUUCAUACAAUGAACCUGAGAUUAUGAAUCAACCAGCACCUGCGUAUGAAUAUCCUCCAGCAACUACUACUUCUACUCCACUUCAGCCUCCUCCUUUGCCACCCAGUUUGUUUUCUUUGGAUGAUUCAUCUCAGUAUAAAUACGGACAACCAUCUGAAACGGAAGACUCGUGGAACACUAAAUUACCUCCAAAAUUUCCUACAUGGGGAGAUACCACAAAUGCGGGGUGGGAACCUUCUGAAGGCAGUGAUAAGGUUAGUGAGUGGAUGCCUGCUAUGCCUGUCAACAAAGUUACUCCUGUUGAAAUUGUAGACACUCCUGAAUCUCCUCCCAUGUAUGAAAAAGAAGGUUUUAGUGACCCAGUGGAGUAUGACGACUCUGUGAUUGAACCUUCUUUAAUAGCGGCAUCGACUGAUGUCGAUCAUCGAACACUUGUGCCACUACCUUUAGCAAAUCAUAGUAUUGAAGAAGCUGUGAUUCAAAGUGAAGAUCAUUUAGAGGAUACAGAUCAUAGACUUCUAAUGCAUAUGACUCCCGCAAAUCAUGUGAAGAAGGACAUAGAUCAUCGUUCUGUAGUACAUCGAAAGAAGGAUGUGGAUCAUCGUAAUUUAAUUAGUUUGACUGGGUCUCCUAUGAGAGAGCCUCAUGCCCCCUUAGCUCCUCCUCCUACACCUCCAAAUUUACCUUGGCCCAGGGGAGAUCAGGAUUAUAGAUCGCAGUUACCUCGAAAAUUAAAGGAAGGUAAUCCAGCAAUAGGAGAGGAAAUGAUGAGUGAUGAUGAUGUAGAUUACAGAUUGAAGGGACCAAAGCCUAAAUCUUCAGAUGAGUUACAAGACAAUGUAGAAAGUGUUGAUAUGGAAAUGAGUGAUGAAGAAGGAGUAGACUCCUCUGGAAUUGAGGGCAUAUCUGUUAUGAAGACGGAAAUGUCUCCUAUCAAAAAUAUUGUGACUGACAUGAAUAGUGGAAAGUCAACCAUAUCUUUUAAUAUAACAAGUCCAGCAAAACUCCUGGCCAGCUCUCCUCUGAACGAAAUUAAAGAAGAUCCUUCAAGGUCAAGGAAUAGAGUUUAUGGAUGCCAGAGAAUUCCUACCAUUGGAGGAGGUACUCAUUCCCCUCGCAUGAUGAGGUUCCCUCCUCCUGCUCCCCUAAGACCUCCUUUCCCUUCCCCCCGAAACCUGAGGCCAAAUUUGCUUGCUCCACCACCUCCCCCUCCACCUUUAGCUCCUCAGUUCAAUUCUGUUCGAAUUCGUCCAAUAACAGAACUUAUUCACCUUUCACAAAAUGUAAAUGAAAUUCCCCCUCCUGAAGUAGUUGAAGAAAAUGCAAUGUCGGUAGAACCACCUAUUCCUAUUUCCAAAGAAGUACAGCCAGAAGCUGAAACUAGUGAACCAUGGAAACCUGUAUCAAAUGCAGAACCCGUUAGUGAAGGUUCUUCUGAAAAUAUUAAUACCAGGCCUCUAACAGCUACUCCUCCCCCACCUCCUCCACCCUGGAAUUCAAACCAAGAUUCUACUCCAAAUAGUCCAUUAGAAUCUGGGAGUGAUAAAGAACCUCAAAAUGUUUCAGACAUUAGUGAUCAGCCAAAUGCUGAUAAAAAAUGGACCCCUGAGAAAAGUGAUUCUCAAGAGCCCUGGCUUAAUGAUAAUAUUCCAGAGUUUGAAGUUCAUGAAGUUGAGAGAUUGAACAGUUUUGAUAGGGGAAGAGGCAGAGGACGUGGUGGAUCUUUCAUGAAGAACUUCUCUCCCAUGCCUUCAUCACCACAAGGUGGUCCUCGAGGUGGUUUCAACCACCGAGGUCGGCCAGGUUGGGGUCCUCGACGAGGAGGUCCACAAGUGCCUCCACCCCCUCCUCCUCCCCCACCUCCUCGGUUUCCUUUUCGUCCUCCCAUGGACUCGUUUCGAGGUCAUCGUGGAGGAUUUCGACCACCUUUCCGGGGAAACAAUCCCAGACAUUUUGGUUGGUGAAGGUCAUUCAGCAGCUAAAACAGGUACAAAAUCUUUUCUUCAGAAAAUUGUAUUAUUUUUUCUUUAUUCUAAUCAUAUCUGACAAGUGAUAAUUAUGUAGUUCGUUUCACAUUACACUACAUUUCUGAUUAUAGAUGCUCCUAGGUAUAUCUUUUUUUAAGGAAUGUGCAAAAUGAUUCUGUGCGAGAUGUCAGUUUUUGUGCAUUGGUUGCUGCAAUACUAAUGCGAAGUUCUCGAAGGACAUUUAUCAGCUAAGAAGAAAAAUGCAGUGGUGGAUUAUUCUUCAUAUGUUCAGUGAAGAAUGUUUGUAUGAUGUGCCUCAUGUUUUAUUGUUUUUUUUUGUUUUGAUUUCAUAAUCAUAUUGUACAGUAUAUUGUAUUGAUGAAGUGAUUACAUGCAUUUCAUCAUUGUAUAUAGUACCUGAAUGUUGUUUCUCAUUGCUUAUUAAUUGGACAUCAACAAAUGUUGACCUAAGCAAUGUGGAACUAAUCAGUUUUAUUUUAUAUAAGAGUAAUGUACACUUUUCUGUUGCAAUGAGAAAGGAUGAUUUUGCUUUCUUGAAGAGAUGAGUCACAAUGUUAACACUUAUAGUGUAACUGAAAAUAUUCCUAUACAUUUCUAGAUGUAAGAUGCAAUUUAUAAUAACUUAAGUCAUCUGUUUUAUGUUGUAAAAAAAUUGUUAAUAUUGUAAUCAUCUCUGUUUUAAUUAUUCUGUGUCAUGUAGUUCAGUAAAAUCAUACCAGAAUUGUGAACUUCAUUGCAAAUGCUCCUAAUCUUACUUGAAGACUAGUGCAUUGUAUGUUAAAGUGUGUGUUUGUGUGAUAUAGCAUAGUUUUAUUUGCUUCUAUAGAGUAUAUAAAAGAGUAUAUUGUUGAAAUGUAAUUAUAUACCAGAAGAUGGGUUCUUGACAUUGAUGUCCUUAAAAUCAACCCUAAUGUUUGUCAUCAACUGUGUAAUCAACUGUUCAAAAACAUUUUUUAUGGUCAUCACUUCUUAUUUUCCUCUGAAAAGCAUUUCAGGCAUUCAACUCUUCUUAUGGAUUAUAUCUUGAGAGAGUAGUGAAACAUCUAGUCUGAUAAAAUAAGCAGCAGUAAAUAUGAAGACUGAUUUCUGCUGAAUAUACCCAAGUUCCAAAGGUUAUGUUGAUAAAACAAGUUUCCUUCAGGCACAUUAUUUUCUUAUUGAAAUGCAAUAUUAGAGUUGAUUGUUUCUGUUAAUUACAGUUGUUACAAAAGUUACUCAAAUUUUACUUAAAUGAAAUUUUAAGUAUGCAUAUUUUGCUAGCAUCAUCCAGAUAUAAACAAUAACAUCUUAAUGUUAUGAACAAUCUUUUGAUUUUGUUGAAACGCUUAGCUCUUUAAUGGAGUAAUUUUUAGUACAUAAAGCAUUUUCUGGAGCAAAAGUACACUUGUCUUCAGGAAGAAGUCUUUUAAGAUUUUACAUUGUUUGAUAUUUGGGUCAGUCUUUUAUUAUGAAUCUGUAAAGUUUAAUUCACAGAGAGUAUACAGGGAAAAGUAUUAGACAUGUUACAGAUACAGGACAUAAAAUGUAUUCAAGGCAAAAAUGUGUUGGUGGAACAUAUGUUGCAUUUAUGGUAGCACUGUUUUAUGUGUAUGGAGUCUUACUUGAAUAAAGCACAUCAUGUAGUAAGAUGUACAAUUUCGAAAAAGGGAUACCUUUUGUUUAACCAUACAGUUUUACCAACUACACAUUAGAAGAUUUGUUUACUGGCACACUUUAUUAUUUAUUUUACUUUUUUAUACAUCUCCUCAUUAGUCUACAUCAGAUAUCCUAAUCACAUGGUGGAGCAGGAAAUAUGUGGUAUGUUGGCUUGAAAAAUAAACUCUGCAAAGAGAAAGUUUUCAGUAAAAACAUUUUUUCUUGAAAAAAUCCUUUGAACUUCAGUCUGUUUUUUUUUGUUAGGUCUGUAACACAGCUGUGCAAGCUUAGUAGUUUGAAAUUGCAUUUGAGAAGGUUGUACUGUUUCCAAACUUUUCUCUGCUGAUGUAAGUGUUUUCAAUUCAAUUAAUUAACUCAUAUUUGUUUUAAUGGGUUGGAGCAAAAUGCCUAGUAAUUCUAAUUUUGGUAACGCAUUGGGAGGUUGGGUUGAAAUUUAGUGUUCUAAAUUUGGGCAAAGAUGUACGUUUGAUUUUUUAUUGUAAGUUUACAGUUAAAGUAUUUAAAUGCUUUCCUUUUUGAUCUAUACUUUUUAAUUAAUUUUUAAAAAUAAAUUCCUACCAGAUUAUUUAAUUUACUUUGGGCAUGUCUUUCCACAUUAGGAUGUCAUUUGUUUGAUAAUGAGGAUCUGAAAUUCAUCACUUGGCUAGAAAUGGGUAAAAUAAUAAAAUAUUACAAUUGCUUUUUUGGGUAAAUCCUUAUGAAGAUGAUAACAACCUAGCUUAAAUGCAUUUUAACAAAAUGUUUUCUCUCUGAUUGGAUAUAAGUUCAGCUAGGAUUUAAAUUAAAUUUUGUAAUAAUUUGCAGUUUGAUAGAUUUUGGAAUAUUCUACAUAAUUAAGAUUGUUCUAAUGAACUUGCCCAUUUAAUCUUUAAUUUGAUCUAGAAAUAAGAAAGGAAGUUCAUUAUUUGGCAAUGUAUUCCAUUGUUUGUAGGCAUGGGUUAAAAUAAUGAAACUGGUUUAGGGAACUCUGGAAUCAGUGCCCAGAAAUGUAAUCAUCUUUCCCUUUAGCCUGCUAUUCAUUACAUUGAUGUUGAUACUGCUUGGUAUGCUCAGAGUAACUAACUUAGUGAAUACAUUUAGGGAACCUAUAAUUUUUUUUUUUUCAAUGGGUAUGUAUU